ACGGAUGGCUUGCGUCGGCACACUGCCGAACGUUUUGAACAGGAACUUUACUGACUUAUAAUUCACGUUCUCCACCAGACCGGUGUCGAUGAAGAAUAGCUUCACGUUUGUCCCUAUCAGAGGUCCCACGAUUCGGGCCCGGUACCAGAUACGAUCGAUCUGUGCGGCACAGUACAUGCCAUGCUGUACAUGGCUCGGCUCCAAGCACCAUUCGCCACUGUACAUCCUAUCGUAGCAUUCGUGCAACUCCCUCGACAGCUGCAUCAUUAUCGCGUCCUGCGCGACGCUACGCAGCCAGAUACGGUUCGGGUUGAAUAUGUGCUGGAUGCGUACAUGUAUUUCCUCCGACUCGUCAAAGUAGUAAGAAACGUCUGUCUUUGGGAUGGUAUGCCCCAGCUGCAUAACAUCGGGUGACAGGCCCAUCAUGUUGACCAUGUCCCACUCGUCGGUGGACGGGACCCUACCCAUCAUGGUUCCCACAUGUUCACAGCUUUCAUCCAAACUGUCGUAGAUUUCUUCCUUGCCAGUUGACGACUGAUUGCCUGCAGAACUGUUCCUUUCCACAGCAGCUGUCUCAUUCUCUGUAGAACGGAUAACUUCCACUACAGCUGGCCGAUUAUCUGUGGAAAAGGGGUUUUCCACGCAUUCCUCAUUUGCAUUGCUCAUUACGGGCAUCGUUUCGCGUAUCUGCUGUGCGUAGCUCACCGGUGAUUGAUCCUUGCUCCAUUUCGUAAUGAUGUGCUGCCGUAACGGAUUCAGUUCUAGACACCAUAGCUCGCGGAUUGUAUCUUUUGGGCGAAGAGCCUAAUCGUCCACGCGAGGCACGUCCUCUUUUGUUUCGCUGUACCAAAUGUGCUACGUGCUCAACGGCCGGUGCAGUAACGUAAGUGACUACUGGAUACCCAUUUCUUAUAGUAACCUUAAAUAAAAUAGAACGUUUCAUAGUGAGUAAUAGUAGUAGCCCGGAAACAAGCAAUAUCCAUCACACUACCUGCACAAUAUCCGGCAUGGAAUUUAGGAGGUUGAAAAGGUUCGUGAAGCCCAACUGUUUAUAGGGGAUGGGGAAACCUUCCAUUUCCCUAAAAUCUCGUUCCAGCUCCUUUACCGUUAUGGACUGGUUUCGGUGCGACAUCACCAAGCUUCGGAUUAUUGGCUUCAGCUUUGCCAGUUCGUCAAAAGACCCGGACAUCUUGAGUUUGCCGCAGUUUCGUCCACCACCGAACUAUCUCGUGCCUGUUUGUGUCUUACGGUACCGAAGAUGGUAGGUCCUUUUGUGUUCGGUGUGGCCUGUACAAUUUCACCAGAAUCAGUGUGAACCGCCACCACUGAGUGACCGAAGCAAAUGGACACUGUACACACUGCGUGCCUUCAUUUGCAAUUGUUACAAUUUGUUGCAAUACUUUUUUCACAUUUUUACUAGAAGAAGGAAACAUUGUCUAACUAGGUAAGAUAUUGAGAAUUUGCUGAAAAUUAAAGUGAUAUGACCUGCAAAAUAACCCAUUGUAACAAUGUGUAAUAAACGUUUAAGAACGAACAACAUUUCCACCGCCAGACGCUACUGAAAUCUAGUUUAGCCCAGUGUGCAGUGUCCCACACAAUCUGUCACUUUUGCGUCACUACUACUAAUGUAGAGUAGACCAGUAACGGUUUCCAACGUAUUUUCGCUGCACGUAUUGCGCUGCUCCGUCUGGUGAAAUCUGUUUUGCGGAGUGAUAUCUGCGGCGCGGAUCUUGGUGCGAAAGCUGGUAAUAUUCCAAUCGAAAGGUCUAAUACGUCGAGCGCGUUACCAUGGACGAGCUAAAACCCAUCAUUCGUUCGCUGGCCAUAUCGAGCGCCGGCGGAUUGACCCUGCAGCAGCUGGAACGCGACUUCAAGUGUCUCGAAGGGUACAGCAUUCCGUACCAGCGGCUUGGAUUUAAAUCGCUCGCUUCCUUGCUGCAAACGCUGACCGAUGUCGUGCGGCUUAAGGGAACGGACCAGCAAAGUACCAUUCAUCCGAUAACCACCGACAAAAACGAGCAUAUCCUUGCGAUGGUCGAAAAGAGCAAGAAAAGCAAGAAGAAACCCACGUUCGUUCGCGAUCCUUUGCCGCAAAGACCAAAAAGUAGCAGCCGCAGCAGCAGCAGCAGCAAACCAACAUUCGUUCACGAGUCUGUCCCACAAAGGCCAAAAAGCAGCAGCAGCAAACCCUGUAAUGAGAUACAAAAGUAUACCACAAGGCACAACGAAAAAUACUCGGCGUCGUACGGACACAGUAGCCGAUGUAAUGGUGCUGUGCCAACGGCAGCAUCUUCAUCAUCAUUGCCAUUGCCUGGCAACUAUAAGCCCGACUAUCAUUUCGAACAAUUUUUGCAAUGGUUGUACGAUAUGCUGAAGGAUAAUGAGAAUUCGAAUGGACAAUCAGCGGAUGAUCGGAAGAGAACAACGGCAGCGGCAAAAGAUAACCAAAGCGCUAAGCAACGUCCACCGUCUGCUCAGUUCUCGGGACAAGGUAACAAUUCCGGUGGAUGGAACAACAAUUCUGCUGGAUGGAAUAACAAUUACGGUGGGUGGAGCAAUAAUUCCGCUAGAGGCAACAACAAUCCUCGUGGAAGGAACAACAAUUCUGCUGGAUGGAAUAACAAUUAUGGUGGGUGGAACAACAAUUCCGCCAGAUGCAACACCAAUCCUGGUGGAUGGAACAACAAUUCUGCUGGAUGGAACUAUAAUUAUGGUGGGUGGAGCAAUAAUUCCGCUAGAGGCAACAACAAUCCUGGUGGAUGGUACAACAAUCCCGGUGGAUGGAACAACAAUCCUGGUGGAUGGAACAACAACUCUGCUGGAUGGAACAACAAUUCCGCUGGAUGUAAUUACAACACUGGUGCUGGGAAUACGAAUAACUACGCUAACCAUGGUCACAAUUACUGGAACGGAAAUUAUCCCAUAAACUCCAACUAUGGAAACAAUGGUUAUGAUCGUGCUGGGGCGCCAGGAUAUCAAAAUCAAUAUGGCGGAUAUGCUAUGAAUUAUGCCACAAAUUAUGGGUAUAAUAGCUCGAACGGAGUUAACGGUCAGAAUUGUUAUACAAUGGGCAACUGGUGGAACUCCUAUGGACAGUACCUCCCAUACUACUACUCAUCAAUGUAUCAGAACACAACGCGUUUUGGAUAAACGAAGUUAUCGAAUGAGAUUCGAACUGAGCUUAGCGAGCGAACAACGGUGAAGUUCUUAAUCUGAAUGUUAAGGAUACAAACGAAUCUCUGUAUUGUCAGCUUCUUUAUUUCCUAGCAUGCUAGAAUAUUCAAUGUAAUGCCCUUUUCAUAUGGCAUUCGAACGCUUAAUUUGUUCUCAGUUUUAUCAGCUAAAUGAUCGAAUGCACUUACUUUUAAUCAAUGCCAUUGUUUUACUGCAGCAAUAUCCUAGACACACACACACACACACACAAACUGCAAAUAUCUUUUUUCAAAAAGCAGACUCCUGGAUCGAAAUUUUUCUUCCUUUUUGUUUUCUACCUGGCAUAAGAUUCCUUGCUAGAAUAGUUUGGGGGCCCCGUUUCUAUGGAAACCUAUCUAACGUUUUAGGUUUUCUUUUGGAAUAUUGCGCGAAAGAUCCUCUGUGCUCGGUAGCAUUUACCGUCUGCUUGCACAUUUGAAAUGCAAUUAAAUGUAAAGUUAAGCGACGGUGAACUGGUUGGAAUUGACGGUCCUUGAAUGAAGUACAACACAUAAGACUAUCCGGGAAUACUUUUAGCGAGGUGAACUUUCUGUUGCUUGAUCAUGCUGCAAAGAUCGAAAACUGAGCGUUUAUAGCAAAGAUAUAGUUUUGGCAUUAUCCACCUUCUUUCAUACGAAAUAAAUUAAAUGGUAUCAUCGUUAAAUAUCCAACUGCGUCCUUGUAAUGGUAGUUGUCCUACCUAUCAAAGAAGUUCAUUGAAGAUCAUGAAAAUGAUUGACGAUAGCGUUGCGACCUUUGAAUAAUCAGGAAGUACCGGAAGGAUAUGGCGGGGAGGACCAUCAGAAGAAUGGAAGAAUGAUGUCUUGCACCUAGAUUCCUGGGAAAAGAGUGACAGCCUGGCCAUGCCAGGUGAGACAUGAUCCAAAUCGAAAAAAGAACAGAAUAAAACAUGAGAUUUUCCAGUUUA